UAGAGGUUUCAAGUAAUUUCUAGCAGUUCUUGAAUAUAAUUGUCACCAAAACUUACUAAAAUCAUUGUCUGCCUUGACUGUCUUCACUUCCAUCAUAUAUAAACUUACCUUCCUUUUAUCCCACAUUAUAUAUUAUGUAAUUCCUAUUACACUUGACGUUAUCUUCUGUGUACUAUUAAGAUUGAUUCAUCUUUAUUCUUUCUAUGUCAUACAUAUGUGGGGUGCCAAGAUGAGAGAAUUCUCCUUGGGUUAGUGACAAUAAGGCCAGUAUGGUCCUUGUAAUUGGUACCCCUAACAUAAGUUAGGGACUUACAAUCAUAAGCCUUAAAGGGAUCUGAAUAUAAAUAACUAGCACAGUAACAUUUUUUUUCCCUACUUAGGUAAUGUUAUGCAUUUAAGCAAGUCUGAUUUUGCCAGACCAAAGCAGAUGUCCUGUUUAGCACUCUUGUCUCACGUUUUGUAUUGUCCUGAGAAAAGCCGGGCCAGAAGAACAAAGUUACUGGAAGUAGUUAUGUCAGGUCAUCAAGGUCCUUGAAAUGUUGGUCAUCAUUUUGAAAUAAAUUGUUGUCAUGUCCCAGUAUUUUCUCUUCCCCUUUAGAACAGUAAAUGUUUUUCUAUCUUUGAUUUCAAUUUUUUUAUGAAUGUAUAAAGCCAGUUUAUAAAUGAAUAGACCUGGUGAAUAUUAAAGUCAUUUCAGAUUCUCUUCAACUGCCAGUAUAUAAAAAUGGAUUUUCAAAUAGUGCUAAUCAGUGGGAUGCCCUUUUGUUUUUCCUCAUGAUUUUAUAAAGAUGUCCUAAUAUGUAAAAAUAAAAUGUUUCCCCAUUCAUUUGUUGUUUCAACUUUCCCAGAGGAAUAACUGAUAUUACAUCCUUUUUGAAGAAAACAUUCUAAAGUUGAGAAUCUUGCCUCUCCUAAAAAGUGAGAACAUAAAAUAGGUUUCAGAAUUCCUAAUUUGUAGACCAUAACUGUAUAGAGUGGGUCAGGUUGCUGCUGUAAUCCGUACAUGGGUGUGUACUCAGAGAGGUAAGUUUUUUCUUUUCUUGGUUAUUCUGAUUCUGACUACCACUUCUUCACCCCCUGAGUCAUUUCAUUUAAAUAAAUAUGGUGAUUUAUCAGUAUUAAGCUAUUUCUUUUUCUCUUAGGGAUUAAUGGUUCAUCAAGAGAUAGUUGUACUUGUCUCGUUGGAAUCACUUCAUCAUGCGAAAUCUGAAAUUAUUUCGGACCCUGGAGUUCAGGGAUAUUCAAGGUCCAGGGAAACCUCAGUGCUUCUCUGUCCGAACUGAACAGGGGACAGUGCUCAUUGGUUCAGAACAUGGCCUGAUAGAACUAGACCCUGUCUCAAGAGAAGUGAAAAAUGAAGUUUCUUUGGUGGCAGAAGGCUUUCUGCCAGAGGAUGGAAGUGGCCGCAUUGUUGGUGUUCAGGACUUGCUGGAUCACGAGUCUGUGUGUGUGGCCACAGCCUCUGGAGAUGUCAUACUCUGCAGUCUCAGCACACAACAGCUGGAGUGUGUUGGGAGUGUAGCCAGUGGUAUCUCUGUUAUGAGUUGGAGUCCUGACCAAGAGCUGAUGCUUCUUGCCACAGGUCAACAGACCCUGAUUAUGAUGACAAAAGAUUUUGAGCCAAUCAUGGAGCAGCAGAUUCAUCAGGAUGAUUUUGGUGAAAGCAAGUUUAUCACUGUUGGAUGGGGCAGGAAGGAGACACAGUUCCAUGGAUCAGAAGGCAGACAAGCAGCUUUUCAGAUGCAAAUGCAUGAAUCUGCUUUGCCCUGGGAUGACCAUAGACCACAAGUUACCUGGCGUGGGGAUGGACAGUUUUUUGCUGUGAGUGUUGUUUGCCCAGAAACAGGGGCUCGGAAGGUCAGAGUGUGGAACCGAGAGUUUGCUUUGCAGUCAACCAGUGAGCCUGUGGCAGGACUGGGACCAGCCCUGGCUUGGAAACCCUCAGGCAGUUUGAUUGCAUCUACACAAGAUAAACCCAACCAGCAGGAUAUUGUGUUUUUUGAGAAAAAUGGACUCCUUCAUGGACACUUUAUACUUCCCUUCCUUAAAGAUGAGGUUAAGGUAAAUGACUUGCUCUGGAAUGCAGAUUCCUCAGUGCUUGCAGUUUGGCUGGAAGACCUUCAGAGAGAAGAAAGCUCCAUUCCGAAAACCUAUGUUCAGCUCUGGACUGUUGGAAACUAUCACUGGUAUCUCAAGCAAAGUUUAUCCUUCAGCACCUGUGGGAAGAGCAAGAUUGUAUCUCUGAUGUGGGACCCUGUGACCCCAUACCGGCUGCAUGUUCUCUGUCAGGGCUGGCAUUACCUCGCUUAUGAUUGGCACUGGACGACUGACCGGAGCGUGGGAGAUAAUUCAAGUGACUUGUCCAAUGUGGCUGUCAUCGAUGGAAAUAGGGUAUUGGUGACAGUCUUCCGGCAGACUGUGGUUCCGCCUCCCAUGUGCACCUACCAACUGCUGUUCCCACACCCUGUGAAUCAAGUCACAUUCUUUGCACACCCUCAAAAGAGUAAUGACCUUGCUGUUCUAGAUGCCAGUAACGAGAUUUCUGUUUAUAGAUAUGGUGAUGGUCCAAGUGCCGACUCUACAGUGCAACUGGGAGCUGUGGGUGGAAGUGGAUUCAAAGUUUGCCUUAGAACUCCUCAUUUGGAAAAGAGAUACAAAAUUCAGUUUGAGAAUAAUGAAGAUCAAGACGUAAACCCACUGAAACUAGGCCUUCUCACUUGGAUUGAAGAAGACAUCUUCCUGGCUGUAAGCCACAGUGAGUCCAGCCCCCGGUCUGUCAUUCACCAUUUGACUGCAGCUUCUUCUGAGAUGGAUGAAGAGCAUGGACAGCUCAAUGUCAGUUCAUCUUCAACGGUGGAUGGGGUCAUAAUCAGUCUAUGUUGCAAUUCCAAGACCAAGUCAGUAGUAUUACAGCUGGCUGACGGCCAGAUAUUUAAGUGCCUUUGGGAGUCACCUUCUCUGGCUGUUAAACCAUGGAAGAACUCCGGUGGAUUUCCUGUUCGGUUUCCUUAUCCAUGCACCCAGACCGAAUUGGCCAUGAUUGGAGAAGAGGAAUGCGUCCUUGGUCUGACUGACAGGUGUCGCUUUUUCAUCAAUGACAUUGAGGUUGCGUCAAAUAUCACAUCAUUUGCAGUAUAUGAUGAGUUUUUAUUGUUGACAACCCAUUCCCAUACCUGCCAGUGUUUUUGCCUGAGGGAUGCUUCAUUUAAAACAUUACAGGCCGGCCUGAGCAGCAAUCAUGUGUCCAAUGGGGAAGUUCUGCGGAAAGUGGAGAGGGGUUCACGGAUUGUCACUGUUGUGCCCCAGGACACAAAGCUUGUAUUACAGAUGCCAAGGGGAAACUUAGAAGUUGUUCAUCAUCGUGCCCUGGUUUUAGCUCAGAUUCGGAAGUGGUUGGACAAACUUAUGUUUAAAGAGGCAUUUGAAUGCAUGAGAAAGCUGAGAAUCAAUCUCAAUCUGAUUUAUGAUCAUAACCCUAAGGUGUUUCUUGAAAAUGUGGAAACCUUCAUUAAACAGAUAGAUUCUGUGAAUCAUAUUAACUUGUUUUUUACAGAAUUGAAAGAAGAAGAUGUCACGAAGACCAUGUACCCUCCACCAGUUACCAGCAGUGUCCACCUGUCCAGGGAUCCUGACGGGAAUAAACUAGACCUUGUCUGCGAUGCUAUGAGAGCAGUCAUGGAGAGCAUAAAUCCUCAUAAAUACUGCCUAUCCAUACUUACAUCCCAUGUAAAGAAGACAACCCCAGAACUGGAAAUUGUACUGCAGAAAGUACACGAACUUCAAGGAAAUGCUCCCUCUGAUCCUGAUGCUGUGAGUGCUGAAGAGGCCCUGAAAUAUUUGCUGCUUCUGGUAGAUGUUAAUGAAUUAUAUGAUCAUUCUCUUGGCACCUAUGACUUUGAUUUGGUCCUCAUGGUAGCUGAGAAGUCACAGAAGGAUCCCAAAGAAUAUCUUCCAUUUCUUAAUACACUUAAGAAAAUGGAAACUAAUUAUCAGCGGUUUACUAUAGACAAAUACUUGAAACGAUAUGAAAAAGCCAUUGGCCACCUCAGCAAAUGUGGACCUGAGUACUUCCCAGAAUGCUUAAACUUGAUAAAAGAUAAAAACUUGUAUAAUGAAGCUCUGAAGUUAUAUUCAGCAAGCUCACAACAGUACCAGGAUAUCAGCAUUGCUUAUGGGGAGCACCUGAUGCAGGAGCACAUGUAUGAGCCAGCGGGACUCAUAUUUGCCCGUUGUGGUGCCCACGAGAAAGCUCUCUCAGCCUUUCUGACAUGUGGCAACUGGAAGCAAGCCCUCUGUGUGGCAGCCCAGCUUAACUUUACCAAAGACCAGCUGGCGGGCCUCGGCAGAACUCUGGCAGGAAGGCUGGUUGAGCAGAGGAAGCACAUUGACGCAGCUAAGGUUUUGGAAGAGUAUGCCCAGGAUUAUGAAGAAGCUGUGCUCUUGCUGUUAGAAGGAGCUGCCUGGGAAGAAGCUUUGAGGCUGGUAUACAGACAUAACAGACUGGAUAUUAUAGAAACCAAUGUAAAGCCUUCCAUUUUAGAAGGUGAGGGUUCCAUUUUAGAUAGAAUUCCUCAUUUGGAAGAAGCCCAGAAAAAUUAUAUGGCGUUUCUGGACUCUCAGACAGCCACAUUCAGUCGCCACAAGAAACGUUUAUUGGUAGUUCGAGAGCUCAAGGAGCAAGCCCAGCAGGCAGGUCUGGAUGAUGAGGUACCCCAUGGCCAAGAGUCAGACCUCUUCUCUGAAACUAGCAGUGUCGUGAGUGGCAGUGAGAUGAGUGGCAAAUACUCCCAUAGUAACUCCAGGAUAUCAGCGAGAUCAUCUAAGAAUCGCCGAAAAGCAGAGCGGAAGAAGCACAGCCUCAAAGAAGGCAGUCCGCUGGAAGACCUGGCCCUCCUGGAGGCACUGAGUGAAGUGGUGCAGAACACUGAAAACCUGAAAGAUGAAGUGUACCAUAUUUUAAAGGUACUCUUUCUCUUUGAGUUUGAUGAACAAGGAAGGGAAUUACAGAAGGCCUUUGAAGAUACGCUGCAGUUGAUGGAAAGGUCACUUCCAGAAAUUUGGACUCUUACUUACCAGCAGAAUUCAGCUACCCCUGUUCUAGGUCCCAAUUCUACCGCAAAUAGUAUCAUGGCGUCUUAUCAACGACAGAAGACUUUGGUUCCUGUUCUUGAUGCUGAGCUUUUUAUACCACCAAAGAUCAACAAAAGAACCCAGUGGAAGCUGAGCCUGCUAGACUGAGUGACUGCAGUUAGAAGGGAUCCGACAGAGAAGACCAUUUCCACUCAUUACGGUUGUCCUACCACCCCUUGCUCUUUGAGGCCUGGCUAUUGAGAACUGGAAAGAAUAAAAUAACUUACCUUAGCAUUGCCAAGAACUUCAGCAGACAACAAGCAAUUCUAUUUAUUUUAUUUUGUGUAUACAUCUUAAUCAUUAGCAAGACAUUAAGCUUUAACCAUUAUGGCAUCAUUUUGUGAGAAUGAUUGUUCUUUCACUUGGGCUGUUUGAGAGCAUAAUUAUGGUAAUCAUGAGAUUAAUGUUCCAUGGUUUCUACCUCCAAAGUGUGAAGACAAGUAAAAUAAUGUUUCUAAAUUGUCUUAUUUUAUUGGCGGAGAAGAUUACAAUGGCUAUGAGUGCUACAUUUGGUCAAAUGUAAUCACUUAUACGGCUUCUUGUCACCUUAAACUAAGGCAGAAUAAAAAGUAUCCUUUGAAAUUAUAAGCCCUCCUUUGCUGACAGCUAUUAUUUUGUAACAUCUUACCAGGUCAUGUGCUUUCAUUUAUAACUGGGCUGAGCCUCCUAUAAUUACAAUGUCUGUAGGGACUGUUUUACUGCCUGUAUAUUUUCUGCUAGAGAGUUAGCAAUGUUAGAGCUGGAACAGAUUAGAAUUUCUAAACAGUAUCAUGCACAUUUGGUGUGAGCGAUCAGUGUGCAUUGUAUGGCAUGCAUGGUUGUGAAUUAGUCUGUUCUCCAAAUACUGUUUCUUUAACUCAGAUAUUUGUGUUAGUGUCUAGGCCACUUCAUUUAUUUUUCAUUAUGGUACUUUACUGACUUCCCUUUAUUCAAUUCUCCACCCCCUCACCAAAAAAUACUGUCUCAAAAUGAGAAUAUUUUGUUUUCUUGGUGAGUCUAGAAAACGCCCACUUCAUUCUGAUUAAAAAUUCUUCCAUGUUUUAAA